AUGGGAAACAGGAAGAAGGAAAUUGCCCUGCAGGUCAACAUCAAAACCCAGGAGCGUUGGGAGGAAAUGCUUGGCUCCAAAGGACUGACUGUUGUGGACGUCUACCAGAGCUGGUGUGGACCCUGCAAACCUGUGGUUAGCCUCUUCCAGAAGAUGAAGAUUGAGGUUGGUUUGGACCUUCUCCAUUUUGCCUCGGCAGAGGCAGACUGCCUUGAUGUUCUGGAGAAGUACCGAGGGAAGUGCGAGCCAACCUUUCUGUUUUACGCAAGAGGAGAACUGGUGGCCGUGGUGAAGGGAGCCAACCCCACCCUGCUUCAGAAGACCAUCCUACAGCAGCUGGAGGUCGAAAAGAAGGUUCUGGCUGAAGGCCGGGAGUGGAACGUGGUUACUGAUGAGGAUCUUUCGGGUGCAGCCAAGUGGCCUCCUCGCAAAAUGGAUGGUGGUGAAGACAGGGACAUUGCAUCAUCAGGGAAGACCUGUACCUUAGGCAUCAUUAAGCCAGAUGCAGUGGCCCAUGGGAAGGCUGAUGAAAUCAUCAUGAAGAUCCAAGAAGCAGGAUUUGACAUACUAUUAAACGAAGAGAGAACCCUGACAGAGGCAGAAGUGCAAGUGUUUUAUCAACAAGCCAGAGAGGAGGCAUUUGAGAAGCUAAUACAUCACAUGUGCAGUGGACCCAGCCACCUCCUGAUCCUCACCAAGACCGAGGGCACCGAGGAUGUAGUCACUGCUUGGCGAACCUUCCUGGGACCUUGUGACCCUAAUGAGGCCAGGAGGGAACAUCCCGAAAGUCUCCGGGCUCAGUAUGGCACAGAAAUGCCUUUUAACGCUGUGCAUGGAAGCCGGGACAGAGAGGACGCCAACAGAGAGCUGGCCCUGCUCUUCCCCAGUUUCAAGUUUGCAGAUAAAGACGUGGAAGCUCCACAGGUCAAUAAGUCCUGUUCUGAAACACAGGUCACCACGAAACUGGCGUCAGCAUGA